AUGCGCUGGGAGCCCUCAGGAGCCUGCACUAGAACAAAGGGAUGGGAGCCAGGCCGGGCUGCAGAGCUCUUACAGCGGGGCUGUGCGGAGGAUGCCGGUGUGCGGCUGCCCAGCUGGCAGUUUACAGUUAAAGAGAAACUGGAAGCGGUGUCCUCAUACAGACUCGCCUUACUUUGUUUUUCCAUUGCCAGUGGACAGACAUUGGGGCUGUUCCUGAUUCGGGUCUCAAGAUUCUGCCCUCCGAGGAAAUCUUGCCACGACUGGAUAGGACCCCCAGAUAAAUAUUCAAACCUUCGCCCCAUUCACUUCCACAUCCCUGAAGACGAAUCCCCACUGGAACAAAAGCUCAGAGAAUUAAGACAAGAAACACAAGAAUGGAACCAGCAGUUCUGGGCAAACCAGAAUUUGACUUUCCACAAGGAAAAAGAAGAAUUUAUUCACUCAAGACUGAAAGCGAAAGGCCUGGGACUGAGAGCCGAAUCAGGUCAGAAGGCAACAUUGAACGCGGAAGAAAUGGCUGACUUUUACAAGGAGUUUUUACGUAAAAAUUUUCAGAAGCACAUGUAUUAUAACAGGGACUGGUACAAGCGAAACUUUGCCAUCACCUUCUUCAUGGGGAGAGUGGCCCUGGAGCGGGUAUGGAACAAGCUGAGGCUGAGACAGAAGACCAGCAGUUAGGAGCCCUCCCUCCUCCCUGGGAGAACUGCUGGUUCUAGGAGCACGUUUCACAAGGGACCUAAAAGUCUGUAAGUGGCCUGAGUCCCACACUUCUCGCUGGACGCUGGUUUAUGUCGGCGCUGGGCAGCAGGGGGGACACAGGCCCUGGUGCUCUGGGGCCACAUGGCUCUGUCCUGCCUGGGCUCCAGCUGCCUCUUGGUCACAGACGUGACCCUAAAUAAAACCCAAGCACUGUGUGCCUGUUUGCUGCGUUUUGAGUUAUACCAGUUUGAAGUAGAAGCACAUGAAAAAAUUAACCUUCACCUGAAAAGUUUGACUCCUUGGAUGGGAGUGGUUUGAAGCUGCUGCAGUGUCACCAGCCUUCAGGGACCAGUGACCACACCCUGAGAAUGCAGGUGCCCUGGGCCACUUCGAGGACAGACAGGGAAGCAGGUGCAGCCGCUCUGUCUGAGGCCAGGUGGCUGAGGAGGCACAUGGAGAGCUCUCCUCUGUGUGCUCCAGCCAGGUACAUGCACUCGGUCCCGCCCCUCUGUUUAGAUUUUUUUAGAAUCAGCCUUGUUUGAAUGGGGUGGUAUGGUUAUGAAAUGAAGUUCUUUGCACUGCAUCCUGGAGCCGUGGCCUGUGAGGGGGUCUCACCUGCUGGAGAGGACACCCCCUCAGCAGCCAGGCCACGUCAGUAAGCGCACCACGUGGCAAAUGGUUUUUAUUCCAAAAUGAGGCAAUAGACUUGUGAGACUGGCUUUUCUCUAUGGCUGAUAAACUACCACUGAAGAUGAUUAUCAGGGAGAAAUCUCACUAACCGGAGAGAGCAGGUCAGGCCACCCUCCCUGGCUGGUUAAGGGCUGUGCAGAUGAACAGGGUGAGCGUGAGGGACUCGUCACCAUAUCUGUGGCCACCACUUUCAAGCCCAACCUUUCCUGGAGACACUGCCUGGAUCAGCUUCCUCCCUGGUUUUCCCCAGUGCAUGGCAUCCGUGCACCGGACAACGUGGAGCGUGGUUUCACAGAAGCAACUCCACAUCAUUCACUCAACGAGGGCUGCUGACAACAGACUCUGAGCCUGUCACCCGCAUGACACUGUGUGUGUCUGCAGAGAAUCGAGGGAAACAUGAUAACCAGCAGGGUUAGGAUCCCAGACGGGCCCUCGGUUCCCUGUGGGCGAGCCCAGGACACAUGAGCUGUUUCCUAGCCUUUAAUCCCUCCUCUCAUCCCCUCACACUCACAUGCUGACUUCAAGGUCAUCUGAAGAUCGCCUUCCCCGAGUAAAGUGCUGCUGGACUCUAUAGUAAUUCCAAUGGUAUUGAUUCUUUCUGCACAUCAAUUCGUAAGAGAUUGACAGAGGUUUUCCACAGUAUCACAAAAGAGAGAGUGGAACAGGACGGGAGAGAAACAUGGAUCGGCUGCCUCCUGCAUGCUCCCUGCUAGGGAUGGAGCCUGCAACUCAGGCAUGUGCCCCGACUGGGAAUGGAACUGCUGACCUCAGUGUAUGGGACAGCCCUCAACCAACUGAGCACACUGGCCAGGGCAGGUCUCCUUUCUUGGAUUCGUAAACAUUUAAGAUUAAGUGACUGUGGAAAAUGUUACUUUAAAUCACAAGUAAAUGAGAACAAAUUGUAACUGAGGUUAUUCUGACCCUAAACUGUGUGCUCAGUUAUACAAGUGUCAGGUUGUCUUAAGUGAUUCUCUGUCACAGCCACAAGCAAGCAAAGUCUUUCUGUGGACUUUUAAAUAAUUACAGAAUGAAGGUUCUCAAUGAUGUAUUUUAGACUGCUCUCAGAAAACGGCUGGGAUAAAAUUUAAUGCCUCUGUUUUCUGAAUUAAAAAGUAAAAUAAAAUGGAGUCUUCUUCCUCCUC